AUGUUGCUGCAAGUAUCCUGGGUGAGGCAUCGGGACAUCCACUUGCUCACGGUAGGCCGCUACACCUACACCUCCGAUCAGCGAUUUCGGGCGAUACAUCACCCGCACACAGAAGACUGGAUUCUGCAGAUCAAGUAUCCGCAGCAUCGGGACUCCGGCAUCUACGAGUGCCAGAUCUCGACCACACCGCACAUGAGCCAUUUCGUGCACCUGAACGUCAUCGAACCGUCGACGGAAAUAAUUGGAGCACCGGAUCUGUACAUCGAGAGCGGAUCGACGAUAAAUUUAACCUGUGUUGUGAAGGACUCCCCCGAGCCACCGGCUUACAUCUUCUGGAACCAUAACAACGUGAUCAUCAGCUACGAUUCGCCACGUGGCGGUGUUUCGGUGAUAACGGAGAAAGGUGACACGACCACGUCAUUCCUGCUGAUUCAGAGUGCCCGGCCAUCGGACUCCGGACAGUACACCUGCAAUCCGUCCAAUGCCAAAAGCAAAAGUGUCACCGUGCAUGUGCUGAACGGUGUUUCCCAUUCUGUUUCCAGGGGAGUACCCAGCAGCAAUGCAGCGCGCGGGCCAACCGCAUCAUCGCACGCCUCAUCUCCAUCAGUUCUCGGUGCUUUUGUCUGUCUGCAUCUCGUCGCUAGUUUCGGUUUCCUACCGGCUGUUUCUGGCUUCCGGUCGACGAGAUCCUGCAUCCGGAACAUCCGCAACGUAGCUAGCUGGCUACUAAAUGCCGCCUACUCCGACCGAUUUUUGGUUGGACCGAUUCUUCGCCUAACGCACACCGUCUAUCGAGUAUUGAUCAAUCAAGCAGCAGCAGCUAAGCAACUCAAUCAUCAUCGCCUAGUGUUCUGUGACUUUGACAGCAAGACUGGAACUCGAAGCAGCCGUAGCUCGCAACCAUCUUCGCUACUCACCCUAGUGACGUCCAUCUGUUCCUUUCUGCGGCUUUUGCUUGCCCAAGUACGCACCAGGCUAGCACAACUGGUGCUGGUCCAGCUGCUGGCACAGGUCCUAAUAUCUUCCCGGCUGCCACGGAACAAACACCGAUGGUGGCCAACAAGUGUCCUCCUUCCGCUGCUUCGACCACUCCAGAGGCUUUGGAGGAGGACUACGCAACGGGUCAGCCGGAGGCAAUCCCUUCGGCCAUCCGGCGACUCGUAUAUUAACGAUCACUCAUUUACGUUCGUGUUGAAUCACUAUUUGUGGAAUCGAAGAUUCGCAGUUAGAUGAAAAAUAGAAACAUUUGAAGCCGUAGGUUAAUCAAUCAUGAUGGUUACUGUAAAUUUAACAUUAACUGACAAAAAAAUCAGCAAAGAUUAAUGCAGAAAUCUAAGGAUUAAAAAUUACAUAAAAUGUAGUCUAAGAAAGAAAAAUCUGUUAUUAAAAUAAGCUUUAGGUAUCUAUUAUUAGACUCAAAAUGGAAUAAGUUUAAAAAUUUCAAAUUAAUUUCCAAAGGAAAGCAGCUAACUGAAAUUUAAAACAAAAAAAACUCUAGACAAACAAAAAAGUAAAAAAAAACUCGGAUCGAUUAGUGAAUGGUUGGAAUUCCAAGCGGAAGCCAGAGAUGCUGAAUUUGUUUUUAUAAACCCCGUUGAAGUGUUAUGGUGAAAACGAAACGAAGUUUAAAGCAAAACACGAGAGAGUAUUGGUAAUUGAGUGAUAUUUUCAUAUUAAACAACAACAAAACUAUGACGAAAAAUUAAUUCCAACCCGAUGAAAAAAAUAUAAUGCAUUAUGAGAAAAUACCAUAAAACAAUAUAUGAUAAAUGAAUGUACAAAAAUUAUGGAAAGUAUAUAAAAAUAAAUCUGAA